AUGACUGUUAUUUAUAGUACGUUGAGAAAAAAGGAAACUUUGGGCGUUCUUUUGUCUACGCGGAAUACGGUUGUUAUGGUAGCUAAACCGUUAAAUGAUGCCACUUUGGAUACUUGGUCAGAUGAAAUAAAUUAUCAUGAAGAUCCUUCAUUCGAAGGAUUCCAAAUUAUACAAUAUGCGACUUAUGACGAUGGAACGAUCUUACUUAGAGUUCGUCCUAGUACUGAUGAUGAUUGUAGAGCAAGUGGAUUAUAUUUUCGUUUAAUAAGAACUGAUGGAACAAUUACUCCAAUUACUUUAAAUAAUAGUGUAUUUCGUAAUAUUUCUUCAAAAAAUUAUUGUUUUGUAAAUAGUGGUGUCGCUUUUACCUUAAAAACUUUGUCAACACCUACAAAAAAUGGCCCACUCUGGAUACCUGGUUAUCGAUUUCCCAUAGCUUAUUUGGUUUCUAAUAGUCCAACCGAUGCUAUACGAAUAUAUGGAAUAGCACCAAAUUAUAUAUUAAUUUCAUAUUUAUGUGGGAAUUCAGAUGCUAAUGUUUGUGGACUUGUAUUGAACUGGUCUGGAAAUGUUUUAAAUUCUAACGCGAGUGGUGUAAUGUCAACAAUAAAUGCUGGGAGGAUAAAUAAUAUAUCAAAAUUUAGUCCAAACUAUACAUCAAUAUUUCCAUUAGAAGAUGGUGGUUAUGGGAUAGUCACUGCUCAAUACAAUACAACAAAUUAUACUGUACAAGGUACUUCAUUUACCCCACCAUGGACGGUGUUUGUAUAUUUUAUCUCAGAAGGCAAUGAUGCAAAAGGACCAUUUCAAUUAUAUCAACAGACAACAGAGUCAUUAGAUCAAUUAAGAAUAUUUAGUUGUUCUAUAUCAUUUCAAUCUUCUGGAUAUAAUUGUAUAAUAUACGAAGUUCUUGUUGGUGCAACAGAACCUGCUUUUAUAACUAUUGAUUUUUUUAGAACUGGUGCCAGAAGAGUUAGUAAAAUAUUUACAAUUUCUGGGUUGUCAACCCAUCAAUUUGUAGUUUGGGAUAUUUUAAAUUUAUUUAAAGGUGGUUAUUGUGUAUUAAGACAAAACAUUAAUACUUCUGUAAUUGAUGGUUUGAUAUAUGACAAUGAUGGUAAUUCUAAUGGAACUUGGAGAAUGCCAACAAAUUAUAGUUAUACUAGAAAUAUUGGUGUAUUUCCUAAUAAUACUUUAUGGGCUGUAGCUAAUGGUCCUGAUAAUCUCACUUUGACCCUUGUAACUUCUUCAGCUUUAGUUGAUUUCAGAACCGUUUCUCCCGGAAAUUCUUCAAUAAUUCCCUUGUCAAGCACACCAACUCUAACGAUUUCAUUCACCACAAAUAUAAGUUUAUCGUCCGGAAAUGUAUCAAUAUAUCAAUCAAAUGGAUCCUUUCCGAUACUUCGACAAUCAUUUCGAGGAACUGACAAACAAUAUGUUAGAUUGUUGAAUGGAACUAACAUACAAUUCGACGUGCUGACCAGUACAUUUAAUCAACGAUCGUCGAACUAUUUUAUACAGGUUGAUAAUGCCUUUGUUGAAGACGUUAAAAACAGUCAACCACUUUUAGGCAUUAGGUCUUCACUUUGGACUGUUACUACUGACAGCAAUGAUAAUUCUACCAAUCCUGAUCAGAAAAGUGCAAUAAUUCGCUUAACACCAGACGGUACAAAAUAUUUUAAAAAUCUCCCAGACUCGAAUCGUAUUCAAUUCGCCUCUGAAAUGUCUCAAGAUAUAUCAAGUGUAGCUCCAUGCGAUACAAAAUGUAUUAUAACAACAAGUAAUUAUCAAUUUGAUGAGCAUAGACAGGUAUUAUUACGAAUUGAUGUCAAAAAUUACGUUAAUUCAUUGACGGAAAGGGAUCCAUCAAAAGUCGUAGAGGAUUUAGAUACUUUGAUUAAAAAUAGAGAUGUUACUAAAGUGUCUCGUGGAUUUUACACUUCUAUGCUGGACCCUUCUUUUGGAACUCAACCUAUUCCGGGUGCAGAUAUUGAUGUUUUAAAUAUUUUGUCAUCUGAAUGUGGUCGACUCGAGGAAUUAAGCGCUCCAUUUAGUACAGAUGCCAUGAAACUUAUUAGGAUAUUUAAUGUUAUUGCGGUCAUCAUUGAAGAUAUACCACAGCUCAUUAUUUUGACAUGGUAUCAAAUAUACACAGUAGUACCGAACAUAAUACCAACAAUAGCAUUGGCAUCAAGUUGUAUAAUCCUGUUGUUCAAAUUUGCUUGUUUAACUUAUUCGUCAAUAUUACUUAGACGAAGGUUGAUAGAUGAACAUAUUCCAGAGAAACCAGCAACUCCAAGUAGUGGAAGAGAAAGUGAAACAUCUCAGGAACCUCCUCGAGUUCGUUCAGAAUAUCUUACCAUGAAGGAUGGUGUACCGGUUGUUUCAUUUCCUAGAGAAGAGGAUGAUAGAUUAUCACUUAAACAAGUUCCAUCUGCACAUGUUGAAGAAAGUAUUACUAGCGUCGAAGAAGGUAAAUCUGGUGAAAUUGGGGUGACAUUAAAAAAAGAACAAUCUUCACCUACAUCAGAACCUGGUACUCCAAAUGUUUAUCAAUCAAAAAUGAUAGAAAAAUUGGAUCCAACAUCAUAA